AUGAGUUUGCCCAUGUCGAGAGGUUGCUAUUGCGGAUCAUUAUUCACCGGCGCAAAUUGCGAAACUUCUGUGUGUUUGAAUGGAGGAACCGUGUUCGAUGAUGGAUCCAGUUGCAUUUGUGAAACGGGAUAUUCAGGAAGGCAUUGCGAACAUGUUGCGUGCACAACCCAAAGUUCGGAUACGUUCGAAGAAGCUCAAAGCGCGAUUGCUUUCGUGAUUCGAGCAUCACCAUCAAUGAAAGUUCAACUAGAUGAGAUUACUGAGGCCGCAAAUAACAUUGUUCAAUACUACCAUGAAAAAUACCCAAUUUUCCUACAAUCUUACGUUCUCACUGUUGUUGCGAACAAUGAAAUCAAAUUUGUUCAUGAAUAUGAUUCGGGCUCCAAUUUUGUCGACUCGAUUCGAAGCAUCGUGACACCUUCAACAGAAUCAGAGUGCGAUGAAAGCCUUAUGGAAGCCAUUUCGAAAACACUUGAUACGAAUUCAUUCAAAAAAUAUCCAAAUUCGCCUGUUUUUGUGUUCUCCGAUGGAACCGCCAACGACGACCUCACCACAAUGGGAUACCUAAUGGAACAAGUUUCGAAUACACGCUCUCAAAUUUUCUUUAUGAUGACCGAUUCGGCUUCUGGAAAAUGUAACAUUGAUGUCAGCUCCAACAGCUACGACCAAAUUCGAUUGAUCAGCCAGUUGUCGCGAGGGCUUCUCGUACAGCCACAACUAAUGCAACUUGGUGAAGCGACGUUUGCUUUGGCUCAAGAUCUUUGGCAACUGGAUAGUCUUCUUGUGAAUGAUUUGACCGAUUGCCGCAAAGCUCCACAAUUUCAGCCAUUCUUCAUCGAUCAAUCAAUUGACAUUGUGAUGCUUCAAGCAACCGGAAUUUCAGCAAAUCUAUCUCCUAUUUUAACAUUACCGAAUAAGACCCAAAUCACACCACCAGUUUCAUACUUUAACAAUGAUGUGUACGUAUGGAGGCUUGAAAACCCACCAGUCGGAGCAUAUUUUCUUAAUAUCAACACCAAUACUACUCACUCGUCGGUAUGCCAGUAUCGUUUAAUGGGUAGAUCGACAUAUAGGCUUUACGCGUCACUGUCUUCUGAUAUUAAUGUCGACAACAUUUAUAAUGCACCAAUUUAUCAACAACCAGCUCAUCUUGUUGCAAGAAUGGAUUCAUUGCUUCUUGAUGAUCCACUUGAAUCGACAAACGAGGCGGUCGUUUGGUACAAUGACCCAUCCACCAGCGAACGCAUUCUUCUUUUUGCGUCGUCGGGAAUGUGGAGGGAUUCUUGCCAAUACGAAUUAUACUUUGGAAAAUUCGUGUGCCCGCAAGCAUAUCUUCCAAUUUACAUUAAUAUUUACACAACCGAUGCGUACGACCAAGUUGUCGUUCGUACCGCAACCAGUUACUGUUCAACCACCGAACCAACACCAACCGAUAAUUGCUUGAAUGGUGGCGUUUUCUACAACAAAACCUGCCAAUGCAGCGCCCACUUCACUGGAGAUCGAUGCCAGCGUAUCGUUUGCGAGCACAGCGGAAAUGCGUUGUUUGGUGUAUGCCAGUGCCCAGCGGGAUACUCGGGACAAUUCUGCGAAAUCGUGCAAUGUCAUGAAUAUAAUGGAUACGGAUUCUGGGGUUUCAACCAUCGAAGCUUAACCGUUAUGGUUCAUGAUAGUUUAACAACAAGAGCUACCAUGAGAACGUUGAAUGAUGCAUCGGCAAGAGUGAUCAAUGAUAUUUUAUACCAACAUCCAAAAUGGAUUUCAAAUUAUCAAUUGGUUACUUUUAAUGAUUCGGUGCAUUCCUUGUUGGUUGAUACUGAAAAAGGAGACGAAUUUGUUCGAGCUGUUACUGAUAUGUAUAAUGCGAACAAACAACAUAGUGGAUACUCCUGCCUGAACCUUGACUUUUAUGCAACUCUUCUGGAAACGAUUUCACAUGUCAAUGUUCAAUGGGGAGGAAUUGUAUACGUCUUCCUUUACGGUCAGCCAAAAAAAGAUCAAGCUUCUUAUGCAAAAAUUUUGCAGCGAAUUGAAGUCAACAAGAUUCAGAUCAACGUAGUGCAAUCGAGUUUGAAUCCGUGCGGUCAAGAUAUCACUAUUGAUGGUCUUAUUUCGCUCACGCAGUUUUCUGGAGGAUCCUUCAUUACUGCGACUAGCGGAAAUGCUGGAAAUGUUUUCAACACUGUUCCAACAAAUUAUAUGUCAAAUUUGGUGUAUGAGGAUGCUGCUGAUGAUUGCACCAAUGCCACGUUCUACUUUCCGAUUGAUGAUGGUACUCAAUCAUUCACUAGCUAUUUGCAAGGCUACUUUGAUACGGAACCUGUAUAUAAGGCACCAGAUGGUACUACUAUAAAUCCAGAAAAUUCAUUCAAUGACUAUGCAACGAAUAGCCGAAUGGAUCACAUUAUUAGAGAAUGUGACGAUGGUUGGGCGCUUCAAGACUCGCAUUGUUACUAUUUCUCGUCUGAACCCUUGUCUUGGAGUGAUGCCAGGGCAGCUUGUCAUGCUGAAGGUGCAGCGUUGUCAUCAAUCUUCAACAGUAAUGAGCAAAGCUUUUUGGAUGCCAGCUCACAAGGUGUGCAGUUUUGGAUUGGCUUAAACGAUAUGGAAACUCUUGGAACAUACAAAUGGGACACAAUUGAGGCGAGCUUGAAUCUUUCGCUGGAUGAUACCAAGUUCACCAAUUGGCAAAACGGACAACCUGAUAAUCAAGAAGGAAAAAGAUGUGUUCUUGAUUCUAAUAGAAGAGGGGAGUACGGAUGGAUUACAGAACCCUGCGACAAGCCUCACUAUUACUCUUGCAUGAAACAUACGUAUUCCGUUGAUUACGAGCCAACAGACGUUGGAAUCAAUCAUCUUUCACGAGGAGUUUGGCAAGUUCAAAUCAAAGGAAAGGGGUCUUGCAGUAUUGCGAUUCGAUCUCAAUCGUCUGUUCAAGUGGCAACUCGCUUCACCAGCAAUAUUCAUGACGAUGUUGGAAGAGAAGAGCCAAACAAGAACACCGAUACCAAUCGCUUAAUUGUGUAUGCUAAUGGAAUAAAAAAUCAUCGCGCUGUGGAAUAUGUUCACUUCUACUAUGAUGACAUGUCAAUAAUUGAUGCGGAAGAAAUCUCAUAUCGUGGAAACUGCUUGUUUAGUUACUAUUCAACUCCGUUCAAAUGUCCAAAUUUCUUCUAUCAAAUGCUCAUCACAGGAGUUGAUGAUUCUGGAUUCCUUUAUCAGCGAAUUGUUCCAGCUGCUUGCAUUGGUGGCAUUGACAAGGAUUCUUGCACAAAUGAUGGAGUUUUCCAUAAGGGAUCCUGCCUUUGCACACCAAACUUCUAUGGAGAGACUUGCCAGUACGCAUACAGCCAAAAUGGCGGAUUUUUGUCAGCAUCACUUGGAAAAUGCAGCUGUCCCGAUGAUUUUGAAGGCCAAUUUUGUGAAAUUCCAAUUUGUACUCGCAAUCAAUUGAACGUUCCUGAAAUAGCCGAUAGUGCGCGAACAUUUGUUGUUGCAAUUGAUGGAGCUUCAAAUGGCUUAAUGAAAGAUGUUCUCGAUAAUAUUGAAAAAACGCUGGUUGACGUUCUAAGCACAAUUGAUAGGCAAGAUCCUCACUGGUUUACAACGUUUGUCGGAGUUGUCUUCCGUGAUGUUGAAGCUUCAAGAGCUCAACCACCUGUGAAGCCAGUUUCGGAAGUAUUCUCUACUGAUAACUAUACAACUUUUGCAUCACUUAUAGCGGAUGAAAUCAAGAAGAAUCCAUAUAAAGCUACACAAGAAAAGCGUAAUGUUUUCACUGGUCUUGUGAAAGCAUUAACUCACUCGAAAGUGGUACCAAAUUCAAAGGUUUUCGUGAUAACGACUGGAAAUGCCGAAGACACUGUUGAUAGGCAAACGGUUCUCAGUGCUCUAGCGAUGUCGCAUUCUUCGGUUCACUUCAUGUUUAUUGGAGACACCAAGCCUCCAGGAGAUGCAACAACCUACGAUGAUCCGACAGUGAGAUCAAUGUUUGAAGCAGCGCAUAUUAGUGGAGGAACGACUUAUCAGUUGGCAUCACCAAAUGAUUUGGAAAAUACAUGGGAACUUGUACUUUCAAGUUUGCACCAUUCAUACUUCAUUUUGACUCAUCAACUUAAUAGUUGCUCAAAUUAUAUGGACUACAUUCAAUUGGAUGCGAAUGGUUCGGAAAUUGUCGUUGAUGUUUUCUCACAAAGCGCCUCGCAAAUCAUGGUUUAUGAUGCUGACAAGAAAGCUGUCGAUACAUUCACUCUUGUUUCUUCAAAGACAAACCAGGCAGCAAUUUUCAAGAAGCAAGGAGAUGGGCCAGGAAUUUGGACCGUUGAUGUUGAUUACAAUUUAGCGCAUAGUGGUCCAUGCACGAUUAAUAUUCGAACAACUUCGGAUUUGGAAAUUGAUCUCGGAUUCACCCAGGACGUUGCUUCCGAUGAUGGAUUACACGACGGAUCUGCUGUAUUAUUCCCACGCGCUGGAGAUUUCUCGAAUGCUAUUGUUGUCGAUGUCGAUGCGAAUGUUGUGCUAACUUACAGCCAAAUAUAUGAUUUGAAUGAAAAUCGACUAAUCUGGGCUAGUCCGUUGAUUAAACGAAGCGCAUGCGCUUAUCAAUACAUCUCACAAAAAACAUUCAAAUGUGUGAAGAAUGCGUUUGUCGUUGCAAUUGAUGGCUUGGAUUAUGAAGGCCAUCCGUUCAGAAGAACAUAUACCAUCCAUUGUGAUGGAGAUAUUCCCCCACGACCCACUGAUGUUCCUACUGAAGCUCCUGACACGUCUACUAGCCAACAACCAGCAACAACACUUGAACAGUGUGAUCCAGCCACAAACAAUAUCGACUUGAUCAUUGCGUUCGAUUCAUCUUCGGGAAUCACAAAUGAAAUGUUCUACGCGACGGUUGGAGCAUUUAAAGAUAUUGGAAAUGAGAUUGUGAUUGGCGCCGAUAAAUCCCGAAUUCUUCUCGGUACCUAUGACGAUGUUCAACAUUUCCGAGGAAAUAUGAGCACUAUUGACGGCAUAAGUGCAUAUGAAGAAGAAGUUCUCAAUUUGUACAGCUUUGGAUAUACUGGUGUCGAUGGCAACAAUGUGCAAUCAAUCUUUGACUAUAUUAACACUGAAAUUGUGCCAUUACGUGCCGAACCUGUUAGAAAACUUCUAAUUUUCAUCAGCUCGCAAGGCUGGGACAAAGGAAAUGCUAUAAAUGGAAUUGAACAGGGUUACCAGGAUCCAAGCCCAACUGCCAAGAAACUGCAUGAUAGUGGGUUGGAAAUGUUGGCGAUUGGAAUGGGACCGAACGCGAAUAUGACGCAGCUUGGCCAGAUUGCCAAAUGCACAUUGCAAAGUUCUCAAUUGGAUACCUUAACGAAGAUGACUUAUGAGGAAAUUUUUGAUCGGAAUGAGAAAGACGGCCAACUAGCGAGAGAGAGCUACGAGAAUUCAGUUUCUGAACGUUCUAGUAACAUCAAAGAAGGACACAAUCCUCUAAACAAUGCCAGUGCAGACAGAAGAAGAAAAAAUGACCGGCUUAGUAAUAAUGAUGAACUUCAAUUGUCGGAUGAGGAGAAGCUGGAAGUAGAAGGAAUUGUUGAUGAGUCUAUUGAAGUUUUGCGUGCAGUGAUGGUUGGGGAUUCAGAAGAUUUAGCGAAUGAUAUAAUAGAAGAAUUGGAUGAAUCGGAAAUACUGCAAGAUGACUUUGAAAACUAUGAUUACGGCGAGAGAGAGGCCUUCAUGUUAGACCUUGAAUGGCAUCGAGGAAUUGUAGAUGAAAUAUUGGAACUGGAUAUUGGCUGGAUUUGGCAUGAACUUCAACGUCCCUAUGUAUAUGAUGACUCGGAUGAUGAUGAGCAACCACUGCCACACGAAUAUCUUGGACAUCCGCGAUAUUUGGAACAUAACGCUAGGAAUCCUCACGAAGGAGAAGGACAGGAACGUGAUGAAGAGGAGACUGACACGUCAGAUGACGAGCUCGAAGAUGAUCUAGAAGACGAGGAUGAAGAAGAAAUGACUAAGGAAGAUAAGGAGGAGCGUGAAGAAACGGAUGAUGAAGAAGAUCGGGAUUCUUCAGUAGAGGAAGAGGAGAAAGAAGGUGUAAAACCGGACGAUCAUGAUACCAGCUCAGGGAAUACUAGCCGUAAAAAUACAAAUAGUGAACGUUGGACAGAAGAUUUUGAGCAUGACUCUUCGAGAUCGAUCAAAAGGAAAAAUAGCGAUGACGUCGAUGGUGGCGAUGCGAAGAGGGGAAAAUUUGCUUGA